AUGAUAAGGAAGAGACCGCUCAAGGCCAACAACAAUGCUGUCAACAAUUCAAACGCCAAUUCUCAGUCGUUUCUUCCUACCCUUUGUCCCUCAAACUCGACGAUCAUAUUACCAUAUCAAAAUAAAAACGAGCUAUCAACAAAGCCACCAGCAUUGAUUUCAGCAGGCAAAGAUCUUACGUUGAUACCCAUUCACCUGACAAAGUCGCAUUUCUUGGACGCUUAUUCAAAGGUACGUUUGAACAAUUUGCUUGUUUGCUUGCUUGUUCGCUUGCUUGCUUGCUUGUUUGUUUCGUUUGUUCAAAUUUCAAGCAUUCUCUUUUGUGGCGGCUGACUAACCACAAAAUGUUAAACUAGGGUAAAUGGAAUCUAUCAAAAGUCCCCUGUCCGCAUUUCAUGGAAAACACGGGCUACAUGAAGCCGCCGGAAAGCUUUAAUGAAAUAUCGCGGUUGGAUGCUGUAUCGCGGUAUAUGAACUUGCCGCAAUGGAAGAACUCGCUGUACUUCACCAAGAUCACUUCCAAAUUGAAGAAAACGUUCAAAGUGUGCGGUGUUUCGAUCUCGCUUAUCGACAACUACAAAUGCCAUUUCAAGAUUGAGACGUUGCUAGACGCGAGCAGUGUGCCGAGAUGCGUGGCGAUUGACUCGCAUGCAAUCUUGUCGAGUGGCUACUUCACCUUGUUGGAUGCUUCGAAGGACUGGAGAACCAGCGCCAAUCCUUUGAUCACGGGCGUUCCCUACAUUCGAUUCUACUGCGGAGUUCCUCUACUAGCGGAAAACAAUGAAGCUGUGGGAAUAUUGGCGGUCUUUGACAAGACCCCGCGCAACGCGUUUGGCGAAGAAGCUCGAAAGAUUUUAAAGAUGGUGAGCAGGGAAACUAUGGAUUUGCUAAAUACUCCAUUAGAGCCUCCCCGCAGAAGCAACUAUUUCGAGCAUGUGACUGACUCGUUGCUUCUAUACGGCAAUAAGGACAAGAAGAAAGCGCUCAGCGACUUGCAGAGGGAGAUUGGCAGACCCACGAGCGGAAGGUCUUCACUAGUCUUUGAUAAAGAUGGCUCGGGUGGACCCUAUACCCAGAACCAAACGUUUAGGUUUGUCAAAUAUGGUCAGUUGGAGCGAACCACGAGCAGUGGUUCGAUAGACCAGGUUUAUUCGCAAAGACGCUAUUCAACUGAUCAAUCAGAAAGAAACCCCAAUGCUCCGGUCACCGACAAAGAGAUUUGGCAGUUGUUGUUUUCCGUGGGCUCCUUGAAGAAAGCCGCUACGGCGUUGUCACGGGUUAUAGCGACGAAAUACAACUUUGAAUUUGUCUACAUACUCGAGAUCAGAGUCGCGGAGCCAUGCUCGAUUCCUCGAGAAUGUUUCCCGCCUGGCGACGAAAUCGUCGCGUUUGAGCUGUUUGCCCAUUCGGCAAAAGUCGUCAAGUCUGAAGGUGCGCAGGACGAGUUUAUGACGAGGGAGAUUGGAUCAUACUCGAGAAGGCAGCCUAAUGGCGAUAAGCUAACGCAAGCGUGUUUGAGUGGGCUUUUCGAAAACUCCAUCCAUUACAAAGCGUUUAUCUCGGAAUUCGGACUAGAGUACAAGAACCUCAAGAUGAAUACUGUUUACAACCUGGGCUUGAUCAUGCCCUUUUUUCGCCACGAUGCCAAGUUGGUGCGCAGGAGCAAUGCUUUAAAGGAAAGCAAGAGCAACGUUAUCGAUUUGUAUUUGCGAAGUGGUGGGUUUUUGAUUGCCAUGUUUUCGGAAAGGAUCAAAGAAACGAAUAGUGAGUUGAUUUCAAAUCUUUUCAACCACGCAUGUACCUAUAGAAAGAUAUAUAUCGCAACAUGA